UUGAAAUUACUCGGUACCACCAGUGCGUCGUGAAGUGACUCCAGUGUAGGAUCGGUCAUCGAUUGCGAUAAUGGCAGCAGUUUCGUCAUCUGUUCUUCCCCCGUUAUCGUCUCCUUCCGGAAUCAAAAACCGCAGCAAUGGUUCGUCUUUACUUGUGCCUCUCUUCAUCGUCGCAUCGCCUAAACAGUCGAAAUUUCGACCGCCUACCGUCGUCAUCUCCUCCUACAAUUCGAGGAAUGGAACGGUGAGCGAUAGCAAGAAAGAAUUAUUAGAAAGUUACGGCCUCGACCCCGACGAGUUCUUAGCACAGCCAUCUUCAUUUUCAAAGUCUAGGAGAAGAAAGGAAGCUGAAGGGGCAGGGAGAGGAAAGAGGAACUCGCCGGAGCAGCCUAGUCCUCCUCCUCGGACCACUCAUAAGUUGCUUCAGGUAUUAGGAGGUAAGGCUCGAAGGAAGAAGUUGCUCUCGCCAAAGGGCAUGGAUGUGCGCCCAAUGAUGGAAGUCGUAAAAGGUGCUGCUUUUGAUAUUUUGCAGGUGGCUGGUGGUUGUCCUGCUUCUUUGAGGCCAGGUCGCUGGUUGGAUUUGUAUAGUGGCACAGGAUCUGUCGGGAUUGAAGCUAUUAGCAGAGGAUGUUCUGAGGUCCACUUUGUUGAGAUGGAUCCUUGGGUCGUGUCAAAGGUCCUGAGACCAAAUUUAGAGUGGACUGGAUUUCUCGAUGUUUCUAUGAUACAUACUGUUCGUGUUGAGAAUUUCUUGGAAAGAGCUGAGCAAUUUGUAGAUAAAAAUGGACAAGUUGACUACAUUAGUGUCACACCUCCCUAUACAGUAGUGGAUUAUAGCAUAUUGAUGGGUCAACUCUCAAGUUCAGCUUUAGUGGGAGAAAAUACCUUCAUAGUAGUGGAGUAUCCCUUAAGAACUGCAAUGCUGGAUUCAUGUGGAUCUCUUGUAAAGAUAACUGAUCGAAGGUUUGGCCGGACACACUUGGCAAUAUAUGGACCCACAUGGGCACAGAAGAAGAAGAAGAAGAAAUCAGAGAAUUCAGUGUUAACAGUUGCAGCGAUGUCUCCAUUGCAUAUGGAAAGCAUAAGAUGAGAAGGAAACAACAGUAUUAUUAAAAGGCUCAUUGU